AUGGCAGAUCCUUUAUCAAUUGCUACCGGGGUGGUUGCCCUCUCUGGAGUUGCUCUCCAGGCUGGCAAAUCAUUGCUUCAGACGAUCGAAAGUAUCCGAAACUCCAAGCGCGCCGCCAGAGAACUCCGAGACGAGGUCGAGGCCCUCCUGCAGACCCUCGAGGUCCUUAAAAACGUGGUCAAGGGAUAUGAGACCGAGCUCUCGGCUUUGAAGCUACCUUUACAGCGAUGCGCCGUCGCCUGCAAGGAACUAGGUGAAUUGAUUAGCCAAUGUGUCAAGCACUCAGACGGGGAAAGGACAAGCUUGCGAGAUUGGACUAAGCUUCAAUACUUGGGUGAUGACAUUUCGAAUUAUAAGAAUGUGCUCGCCAACUACAAGGCAACUAUCAAUAUUGCCCUUGGGGGCGCGACUUUCCAGUCUGUUGCUGUUACUCGCGAGAUGCUCCAGAACUACAAGGACAUGAUACAUGAUACUACCUCAGAUCUUGAGGACCGACUGAGCGAAAUCGAACAGAAACGAGCUACUAGCUAUUCCUCCGAAGAACUAGCCACAACUAUUAACCAUGAAGAAUUACGACAAAUAGAAGAAGAAAAGCAGAGUACAACAGACUGCCUUCAGAUCUGUCAACAAGUCUCAGGGUAUAUCGAGCAGUAUCAAUUAAAAUGCCAGGAUAAAACAGAAGGACCUGCUAGCUCAUCACCUCACGAGAACACAACAACUGCAAAGCCCAAUUCUAGUAUAUCUCAGCAAAUAGCUCAAGGCUAUUUGAAUACCUGCCUUCAGAAUAUGAAUGCAGCAUCGGCUCGGCUUCAGCAACAUUUCAGUCAAUUGGAGGCGAAUUUGCAGAGUAACGGGAGCCGGGCAAUGUCCAACCAGGUUACUGACGACCUUCAAAAAAUCAAGGAAGAGAAGGAGACAAUUACUCAAUGUCUUAAUAUUUGUGCAGACGCCUCGAGUCUAUCUGAGAGCUCUCGGGUCAAUAUUUUUGAAGACGUGGCUUCUCUGGAUGACUCGCAACAAGUGCUAGUGUCGACUAUUGGCGAUUUAUUGAACGCUAAACGGAUUAAUACUGGAAUGAGGUCACUGCAAGUGCUUGGUCAAAUGUCCGAUGAUACGCUACAGCAUUUGUCUCUUCGCCAUGAUCACCAGGGUGAUAACGUGGUGAAUGUGAAUGGGAAAGAGGGUACUGAUUUUCAAAGUCGACACGGCACAGGUCGAUCCCUCUGGAACGAGAAAUCUGGACAGAAAUCAGGCAGCCUUCGUUCGGCGCCAUAA